UGGAGAAGAGAUAGAUAAUCGAUUAGAAUGGAGAAGGCAAGCUUGAGCCACAUGAAUACUCGUCUCCCACUUCCUAAUCGCACCUGCGCUUUUCUUCAAUUCAAACACCCCACUUCCUUCCCCACCUUCCCAAACCCAAGGCCCCUUCGAUUGCGCAGGCCCAAUUGCUCCAUAUCAGACGGCGCCGUUCCGUCUUGGGUUGGUGCCUCUGACUCUUCUCUCGCGGUGAAGAAGAAAGCAGCAGAGGUGUCUCCUGAGCUCAAAGGGACCUCCAUAUUUCUGGUUGGUCUGAAAAGCUCUCUCAAAACCAGUUUGGGGAAGCUGCUGGCUGAUGUGUUACGAUAUUAUUAUUUCGACAGUGAUAGUUUGGUGGAAGAAGCUGUAGGUGGUGCACAUGCUGCAAAAUCCUUUAGAGAGAGUGAUGGAAAAGGCUUCUAUGAGUCUGAGACUGAAGUACUGAAGCAAUUAUCAUCUAUGGGUCGCCUAGUGGUUUGUGUGGGAAAUGGCGCUGUUACAAGUUCAACUAAUCUGGCACUUUUGAGAUAUGGGAUUUCAUUGUGGAUAGAUGUGCCUCUAGAUUUUGUGGCUAGGGAUGUAAUUGAAGACCAGAGUCAAUUUGCCCCAUCUGAAAUAUCUAUUUCAGGAUCAUACCCAGAGGUAAAGGAUGAACUAGGUGCUCUAUACGAUAAAUACAGAGAUGGAUAUGCUACAGCUGAUGCUACUAUUUCAGUUCAAAAAGUAGCAUCUUGGUUGGAUUGUGACAACUUAGAUGAAAUUACAAGAGAAGACUUGGCUUUAGAGGCUCUUAAGGAGAUUGAGAAGUUGACAAGAGUAAAGAAGAUGAUGGAAGAAGCUGCAAGACCAUUUUAACCAACCUGGACAUGCUUCUUUCCUUUGCCUGUAAUCAAAUUGGACAAUCUAAAACAUUUUUCAAUUGGCAACCCCCUGGGUUCGCUUCUCAAAUUUCAGUUUUCUUAGUUGUCUCCCUUUGAUGGUGCGAA